CGGAGUCGGUGCUGUUCGUUGCGCCUCGGUCAAUUCGCGAACAGUAUGGCGCUACGCGCUCCGACACGACAUCGUACGCGAUACGUACUCUAGACAUUCUAACCUCCAUCCCGAGGACGACGCGUCAACCCUGCACCACUUCCACUGGUUACCGUUUUGUCAAUUAAAACCAGCUAGUUUGACAAGAGCGCAUUUGAACUUUCCCUUUAAACGGACACUAUCCAAUUCUUAUGACUCUCGAAACACAUAAAAAGGGAAAAAAGAGGAACAAUUGAAAAUUGAAAAGGAGGGAACGUUGGAGUCGAGUACACAAAGAGACCACAAGUUUAGUGGCUUGCGUGAAACCGCGUGCACGACGUCGAAUCGGGCUGUGGUCGAGCAAGAUAUUGCUCUCCAAGGAAUACUAAUCGCUUUGCGGUAAUAACUAGAGGCUUUGAACUAUAUACCUACACGCUGUCUCUCUCUUUUUCUCUUUGUAUUAAUUUUGAAAGAGAGAAUGUAAUCACCACGAUGAUCAUAUCGUUUUUUUGAAUGAAUUAUAUGUAUUUAGAAUCGAGAAAGAGAAGACGAUGUUAUGUUAAGGAAAGACGAAAAGAAUUUUCGAGCUAAAAAGAAUCGUUUCAAUUCUGGUGUUGAUUCUAGCGUUGUGGGAAACGCGAUGUGAGACAACCACGGACUGGUAGAUAAGAGUGGAAAACGAUAAAAUCGAGGAAGGCGCGGAAAGAAAACUGGAGUGAGAAGGGUAGGUAGAGUCUAGAGACAGCGCCGGUGGCGGUAGCAGUAGGGGUAGUAGUGGUAGUGGUGGUGCUUCUGCUGCUACUACUGGUGGUGGUAGUGGAGCAGCCGGUAGUGGUGGAGGCGUGCAAAGUUAUCGUGGAACAGCUGACCGGCGAUAAACGCGUCGUGGCACGUGGUAUGUCGCGAGAUAAUUAACGGCCGAAAUUUUUCAUCGGCAUCGAGGAUCAAAGUACCUUUUUCUAUCGGCAAGCCGAUUCUACUUUACAAAAUGGCAUGUCCAUUUUCAAGAGCACACACCACGGAGUUCGAGCCGUCGGACGACGAACGGGACAUUAGCAAAUCGACGAGGAUCUCCAAAGAGAGAAGCAAACCCUCUAGACAGUCCUCCGUGCAAAUAGCCUGCUCUCUUCUAGGAGAGGACAAUGACGACAUCGAGAACACGCAAACGCUCAAUCUGAAGCACCUCAGAGCCGCGGUCCUCGUCUUGACAAACCCUUCGAACGAUGUGGUUGCAAUAGCUUUGGAAGCCCUUUUGAAAAACGAAGUGUCUCUUCCGAUCUCUACAUCCCUAGAUAAACUAAUUUACAAUGUGGACACGGAGGAAAACUACAACUUGUUGGAAGAUAUAUAUGAAACAUUAAAUUACAACUGUGAAGUCAACGUAGAAGCAUUUCUCGAUGAUCUAGGACAAGAAUUGAUCAAUACCGCAUGCGUUGGCCUUCUUAGGCGAGCUUUUCGAUGCCUUGGGAACGAUCUGACAGCUUUCCUGACAACUCUCGACGGCGUCAACGACGUCGUUCAACAUCAGUCUGGCUUGGAUAACGAGGCCGAGUUCGUGUGCAUCGCGACACCGGAAGGAUUGGAGUUACAUUUCACAACCGAUUACCCGUCCGUCGCCUAUCUUCUCGUUGGCAGCCUCAAGGGCAUCGCCAGACAGUUUUAUAAUGACAAAGCUAAUGUGUGCAUAUUGCCAGAUCCUUAUAAUUCCAAAUUUUUUAGAUAUCGCAUCAUUCCAGAACGGUAUAGUGAUCGAAUCGACGACGAUUCCGACGUAGUCACGCCAGACUAUUUCCGUCCACUUUCCACCGAGGCCAGAGACCUUCGCUUGGGGGUGGCAAGCUUUUGCAAAGCUUUCCCAUGGCACUUCGUCGUCGAUAGAAACUUCGAGUUUGUCCAGCUGGGUGUUGGCUUUAUGAAAAUCUUUGGUCAUUAUUUGGAUCGCCUUGGAAGGGAAAUAUCGACGUACUUUGCGUUCACUCGACCACACGGGAUUACUUUGACCUUUCAAGAGAUUCUGAAGCGCGCGAACACGCCAUUUGUUCUAACGUUACAAAGGCCACACGGUGCUGAGAAAUAUCCUGCUGAGGGUUUGGAAAUGAAGGGCCAAAUGGUUCACUGUCCGGAAUCAGAUUCAAUUUUAUUCGUGAGUUCACCGUUCCUUAACGGAUUAGAUGGUCUCACAGGAAGAGGUCUUUUUAUUUCUGAUAUACCAUUGCACGAUGCGACGAGAGACGUUAUCUUAGUGGGCGAGCAAGCGAGGGCUCAGGAUGGCUUGAGAAGACGCAUGGAUAAACUAAAAAGCUCUAUAGAGGAAGCUAAUAGAGCGGUCGAUGCUGAAAGAGAAAAGAAUGUUAGUCUACUUCAUCUUAUAUUUCCACCAGAUAUAGCGAAACGUUUAUGGUUAGGUGAAACGAUCGAAGCAAAAAUGUAUUCGAACGUGACGAUGCUUUUCAGCGAUAUUGUUGGAUUCACGGCUAUUUGUUCGACAGCAACUCCAAUGAUGGUUGUCAAUAUGCUUCAAAAUCUUUACGAACAAUUUGAUAUAUUUUGUGGACAAUUGGACGUAUACAAGGUAGAAACAAUAGGCGAUGCUUAUUGCGUGGCGUGUGGUUUACAUCGAAAUACAAACACUCAUGCACAACAAAUUGCCUGGAUGGGCUUAAAAAUGAUACAAACGUGUACUCAACAUUUAACGCACGAAGGAAAACCUAUCAAGAUGCGUAUUGGUAUUCAUACCGGAAUGGUUUUGGCUGGUGUAGUUGGUAAAAAAAUGCCUAGGUAUUGUCUCUUCGGGCACAAUGUAACGCUGGCUAACAAAUUUGAAUCCACGAGCGAGCCAUUGAGAGUUAAUGUCAGUCCUACAACGUAUUUACACUUAAUUAAAACAUCAGGAUUCAUUUUGGAACCGCGGACCAAGAAUAAUUUACCGAAAGAAAUGCCAGCAAACACACCAGGGACCUGUUACUUUCUCAACGGUUACCAACAUAGUGACAUUGAUGCAAGAGAAUCUUUGAAUACUCAUAUCCAAGCUGCGAUUACAGAACUUGGAAUUUGCAAUGACACAUAAAAAUCUUUUUAAAAGAACAAAGAAAAAAAGAAAGGAAUCUUACGAGAUGACACACGCAUCAGCUAGCCUCUUCUCUCUAUGAACUUUUCUAAUGAUUUCUUUCGAAAAACAAAAUCGAGAAAUAAAUAAAUGACAAAUUAAUCGACUUUAAUCAGAAAGCUAAGCGCGAAGGUGCUAUACCGAUGUCGGGCUUCAGGUAUGACAACGGUACAAAAGUCCAAUGAAAAAUCCUAUGUCGAUACUAUUUAUACGCAGAGUUUUAGGUUGAAAAAAUAAUUAUAUACUUAUGAACAAUACGACAAGUAAACUCUAUGACGAAUUAAAUA